CGUGUUCGUCCGAGUGCCGGUGCAAAUCUGCCGGAGGCGGUGGCGAUGCUGUCGGGCACCCAGGCAGCGCCGGCGGAAUUGGAGGACGUGGAGCUGCGGUGCCGCGUGUCUGUGGAGGAGUUGAGCCCGGGCGGGCAGCCGCGAAAGCGCCAGGCCUUACGCACGGCGGAGCUGAGCCUGGGGCGGAAUGAGCGCCGCGAGCUGCUGCUGCGGCUGCAGGCGCCUGGGCCCGCGGGCCGGCCGCGCUGCUUCCCUCUGCGGGCCGCGCGCCUCUUCACGCGCUUCGCGGCGGCCGGACGCAGCACGCUGCGGCUCCCCAGCGACGGCGUUCCCGGGGCGGGCGCUGUGCAGCUGCUGCUCUCCGACUGCCCCCCGGACCGCCUGCGACGCUUCCUGCGCACGCUGCGCCUCAAGCUGGCCGCGGCCCCCGGGCCGGGGCCGGCCUCCGCCCGCGCGCAGCUGCUUGGCCCGCGGCCCCGCGACUUCGUCACCAUCAGCCCCGUGCAGCCCGAGGAGCUGCGCCGCGCGGUGGCCACCCGGGUCUCGCGCGCCACGCCCGUGAAGCGGCCGGUGGAACCCCGGGAGGGAGCCGAGCCCAGCACUGAAGCCCCAAGGUGGCCCUUGCCUGUGAAGAGGCUGAGCUUGCCCCCCACCAAACCACAGCUUUCUAAGGAACAGGCUGCGGUGCUGAGGGUUGUCCUGAAAGGCCAGAGCAUCUUCUUCACUGGGAGUGCAGGGACAGGGAAGUCUUAUCUGCUGAAGCGGAUCCUGGGCUCACUGCCUCCCACAGGUACUGUGGCUACUGCCAGCACUGGGGUGGCAGCCUGCCACAUCGGGGGGACCACCCUCCAUGCCUUUGCAGGCAUCGGCUCAGGCCAGGCUUCCCUGGCGCAGUGUGUGGCCCUGGCCCAGCGGCCAGCUGUGCGCCAGGGCUGGCUGAACUGCCAGCGGCUAGUCAUCGAUGAGAUCUCCAUGGUGGAGGCGGACCUGUUUGACAAGCUGGAAGCGGUGGCCAGAGCUGUCCGGCAGCAGGACAAGCCAUUUGGAGGGAUCCAGCUCAUCAUCUGUGGGGACUUCCUGCAGCUGCCGCCUGUAACCAAGGGUUCUCAGCCCCCGAAGUUCUGCUUUCAGGCCAAGAGCUGGAGAAGGUGUGUCCCAGUGACCCUGGAGCUGACCGAGGUGUGGAGGCAGGCCGACCAGAUCUUCAUCUCUCUGCUGCAGGCUGUCAGGCUGGGAAGGUGCUCAGAUGAAGUGACCCGCCAGCUCCAGGCCACAGCCUCCCACAAGGUGGAGCGAGAUGGGAUUGUAGCCACAAGGCUCUGCACUCACCAGGAUGACGUGGCCCUCACCAACAGGAGGCGACUGCAGGAACUGCCAGGUGAGGUACACAGCUUUAAAGCCAUGGACAGUGACCCUGAGCAAGCCCGGAUCCUGGAUGCCCAGUGUCCCGUUAGCCAGAUCCUUCAACUCAAGCUGGGGGCCCAGGUGAUGUUGGUGAAGAACUUAGCAGUGUCCCGGGGCCUAGUGAAUGGCGCCCGGGGGGUGGUCGUUGGGUUCGAGACAGAGGGAAGAGGGCUGCCCCAGGUACGGUUCCUCUGCGGAGUCACCGAGGUCAUCCGUGCUGACCGCUGGACGGUGCAGGCCACUGGGGGCCAACUCCUCAGCCGGCAGCAGCUGCCCCUCCAGCUGGCCUGGGCAAUAUCCAUCCACAAGAGCCAGGGCAUGUCCCUGGACUGCGUGGAGAUCUCUCUGGGCCGUGUGUUUGCCAGUGGCCAGGCCUAUGUGGCCCUUUCCCGGGCCCGCAGCCUGCAGGGCCUGCGUGUGCUGGACUUUGAUCCCAUGGUGGUUCGCUGUGAUCCCCGUGUGCUGAGCUUCUAUGCCGCCCUGCAGAGGGGCAGGGGCCUCCUCAGCCUGAAGUCUCCAAAUGAUGAUGAGGCAGCCUCAGACCAGGAGAAUGAGGACCCAAACCUUUGAGCCUCAAAGAGAAGACAAAUGGUGGUCUCCCCUUCUUCCUCCUCCCUAGUGGGCCAAGG